AUGACACAUUCGGAUGAGAAUCGUCAACAACUCAUCAACGCUGGCUCAAUUCCUAUUUUAGUCUCGCUCUUGUCCUCCUCGGCGGUCUCGUGUUUCCGCAAUGUAUCCAUCACCCCACAAAACAAAUCACCGAUUAUUGAGGCAAACUUCUUAAAUCCGUUGAUCGAGCUUUUAGCGUAUGACGAGAACGAGGAGAUCCAAUCUCACGCCAUCUCAACUCUUCGAAAUCUGGCGGCCUCCUCAGAAAAGAACAAAGCUGCAAUCGUCGAAGCCAAAGCUAUUGAACUGAUUAAAGAACUCGUCUUGAGUGUGCCUUUGAGCGUCCAAAGUGAGACAACUGCUUGCGCUGCUGUACUCGGAAUAAGCGAGAAAAUCAAAGGAAAUAUGUUGGAUCUUGGCAUACUAGAGGUCUUGAUCCCCUUGACGAAUAGUGUCAGUGUUGAGGUUCAAGGAAACAGUGCAGCAGCAAUUGGUAACCUUUCUUCAAAAGCCGAGGAUUACACGGCGUUCAACCAGUUUGGGAUAAGCCAGAAGGCGGGCUAG